AAUGAACCAAGCAAAACUACAUAGUAGAAAGCGUUGACCGGAAUAUUACCUAAACAUUCAACUGCAAGAGUCGCAACUACUCUUUUACUUGCCUUAUACCAACGAUAUGGUGAUAAAUAUGCAGUUUGAUGGAAUAGCAAAAUUCAUUGGGACAUUGAAUUCUGAUUGGACCUGAUGGAAAGCCCACGGGUAUCGACAGGAGACAACACGUCAACACUUCAAACAAACGAGAAGUAUAUAAGUUUAAAAACGAUUGAAUCAGGCCUUCUGCCUAAUUCUAUCGCUCCAAGACUUCACAACACUUCCCACCAUGGAUCUUGCCCCGACUUCAAUCUCCAAACAACGAGCUAGAACACAGCGCGAUUCCUUUAGGAUGGAUAAACUACCCAUGGAGAUAGUUCAGAACAUCUUCUUUCGCAUCGAUAAUUUCGAUACGUUGAGAUCGGCUAUUCUGACGUGUCGACAUCUACACGCCGCAUUCACCAGCCGGGAGAGGUCCAUCGUAACUCAGGUGCUGGUAAAUCAGAUAGGUUGGGAUGUUCUACCGGAAGCCAUCGUUGUCGACGAGUCGUUCCGCUUGGAAGCUUAUAAUUCCAGCUUGGGAACUUAUGAUUCCCAGAAGGCCGAGGAGUUUUCCAAGAAACACCUCAGCCACCGCAUGACGUCCCUCAGCGAACCAGCUCGCUGGAAUCUAGCCGAAGCUUUACCCUUAGUACGUCUUCACAAGGUUGUUAAGUUUCUAGCAAAGCAGAUCGCCGAUUACAUCUGUGGACCUAGAUAUGUUCGUCAAGGCCAACUCAUGUAUCGAUUGCCCUUCGAGCCAUGUGAGCCGAUGCCAUCCUCUGAGGGCCUUUACAGAAUUCAACGUGCCCUAUAUCGCUUCCAAUUAUAUUGGAACAUGUUUGGUCUUUCUGAGGCCGGGGCCGGGCUCGCCACGCGGCGGUAUGCAUAUUUCCGAAUCUUCAGUGUUUGGGAGAAUGAGCAACUGGCAUGCGCUCAACACCACCUCCUCCGGAUUAUAAGAAAACCUGUUGAUAUGGAUCCCUUUGCACAUCAUGACGCUUUCGAGUGUUAUUUAUCUUCUUCUCUUAGUGAGAGCGGGUCAGAGUUCUCUCAACACGCCCUCUCUCAGGGCUUGGAAUACAUAUACGAAAUAGCGACCAGUGAAACGUUCGCGGACGCCCGCAAGCUCUUAAAAAACAUAUUCUCUUCUCUAGCCGAGCCUAGCCUUGCUCCAAUUCCAAACAAUCUCUUCGAAAGCCUCAGAAGGUGUAGCCCCCCUGUGGACUUUGGAAGGCCGUUUCGGGAGCUCGAUGAAGAAGACAGAAACCAUCUUGUUGAAAAUCCAUAUUGCAAUGAUAACCACUGCAGCUAUAUGUCAGAACUAUUAGAAGCAACGUACGAUCUGGCGUAUACUCUCGAUGAUAACGGCGGAGAACUCGACGAGAGAGGUACUUGUUCGGAGGAAGGCUACGCGUUUUGGGACUGGUACUACCCGCACUAAUUGUAAGGGGCGGAUCGAAGGAAAGCUGUAGAACUAUGAGAGCAAGGACGAUAAGUUUGAUAUGCCGACGGGAGUAGAAUAGCAUAUCGGAGACCAGAGUAAGAUUGUUUGCCCAGACUGCCCAGAAUAUCACUUCUCAAUGAGUUCAUACUUUGAACUUACUGUUCUUUGCCUUUGUGAAAGACGACAACUUGCCCCAAUCAAUUCAGAAGGCAGACUACUAGUCAGCGGUAAAGGAUACGUC